CCGCGGCACGGUUGCCAUGGCAGCAGGGCUGCUGGCAGGCCUCCCACGCUGAGGGCCGAGCUCGCAGCGCUCAGGAGGCCGCGCAGCGCCGCCACUAUGAGUCUGGGCACCGCGGAUCUAGCCUCGGAGACGGGAGAUGACAGCCUGUCUGCAAUUACCUUUGAUUCUGACUUUGAGACGAAAACAAAAAGAAAAGGUUGCCAGAAACCUCCUUCCACAUCACCAAAAUCACCUUACUACUCCAAGCCCAGAAAAGUGACAUCCUGGCGGUCUCUGAAGACAGGAGGGAGCAUGCCUCUGAGCAGCAGAAUGUCCUUGACCCCACAAAAGCUGUGGCUGGGAACCUCAAAACAUGGAAGUGUGACCCAACCCCUGAGCUCCACGCUUACCUCGGAGCACGCAUGGACCCACCCCCCCAGCUGCACGCCCGACCACCUGACAGAAGCCUUAAGAGCGAAGAGGGCAGACCUCCGGCGUUCUGGCAGCCAUGGUCAUGUCUCUGGGACUUCUGUCUACAGAGAGAAAGAGGACAUGUAUGAUGAGAUCAUCGAGUUGAAGAAGUCUUUACAUAUGCAGAAAAGCGAUGUGGAUCUGAUGAGAACAAAGCUUCGGCGCUUGGAAGAGGAGAACAACAGAAAGGAUCGACAGAUAGAACAGCUCUUGGAUCCAGGUCGAGGCCCAGACUUCGUUCGAACCCUGGCCGAGAAAAGGCCUGACACUGGUUGGGUCAUCACCGGGCUCAAGCAAAGGAUCUUCAGGCUGGAGCAACAGUGCAAGGAAAAGGACAACACUAUCAACAAACUGCAGACGGACAUGAAGACCACCAACCUGGAGGAGAUGCGCAUCGCCAUGGAGACAUACUAUGAGGAGAUCCAUCGUCUGCAGACCCUCCUAGCAAGUACUGACGCCACAGGAAAGAGGCCCAUGGUGGAGAAAAAGCUGGGUAUGAAGAGGCAGAAGAAGAUGAGCAGUGCCUUGCUGAACUUGACCCGGAGCGUGCAGGAGCUGACAGAGGAGAACCAGAGCCUGAAGGAGGACCUGGACCGCAUGCUCAGCAAUUCCCCCACUGUCUCCAAAAUAAAGGGUUACGUAGACUGGAGCAAGCCCCGGCUGCUGAGACGCAUCGCAGAGUUGGAAAAGAAGGUGAGCUCCUCAGAAAGCCCAAAGCUCUCUACUUCAGAGCUGGUCAAGCCGAAUCCCCUGGUCCACUCCUCAUCCAACAUCUCAGUGCAAAAGCAGCCAAAAGGGGACGAGUCCAAAGAGGACCAGCCCAAAGGGGAUCCAUCCGAGGACGAGGAGCAUCUCCAAGGAGCCGUGAAGAUCCUGAAAGGGGAGCAGAGCGCACUGCAGGCACAGCUGGCGGAGAAAGACGUGGAGAUGAAUAAGCUGCUGCAAGCCAAGAUGAACUUGGAGAAGGAGCUGGAGAUAGCCAGGGAAGGCGAGAAGGAGAGGCGCCAGCAGGAGCAGGCUUUGAGAGAGGAAAUUGAAGCUCUCACCAACAAGUGUCAAGAACUGGAAGAAGCUAAGAGACAAGAGAGAGAGCCUACUGUGGCAGUCACUCAUGAGGCCCACCCAGAGCUUCGAUCUCCAUCACCCUGCAGCAGGCACUACAAGCCAGACUCCAACAAUGAGCCCGACUCCCCUACCAGUGCCGGCGAGGGGGCUGGCUGCCAGUCCCCCACCCCAUGCUCUGAAGAGAGGAGAGAGGCCGCUGUCAGAACCCUGCAGGCCCGGUGGAAGGCCCACAGGCACAAGAAAAGAAAAGCAGCUUUGGAUGAGGCAGCAACUGUGCUCCAGGCGGCCUUCAGGGGACACCUAGCUCGUUCUAAGCUGUUACGCAACAAAGCCCCAGACUUCAGGUCUCCGAGCCUGCCUGGCCUUCCCAGUCUUCCCAACCAGCUACAGAGCUCUCCCACAUCUCGUGUCCCAAGCCCCACCUUCCAGCCUGAAGACAGCCCAGCACAAGAGGAGGCCAUCACUGUCAUCCAGUCCAUCCUCCGCGGAUACCUGGCCCAGGCCAGGUUCAUUGCCAACUGCUGCAGAGGGCUUGCUGCCUCAGCUCAGAGGGAAGCUGUCUCAACCACACCCUCAGGAUCCGCCUCCCCACCUUCCCUAGCAGCUUCUUCUGGGAAGGUCAGCAAGGAGAGCUGUGGGGAAGCUACCGAGGCAGAAGAUGAGGCAGAAGAGCCAGCAGCCCUGCAGUUCUAUUCAGGAGCAAUGCGAGUGGGACUCUGUCCCAAGGAGGAGCUGAGAGAGACCACUGCAGCUGGACCUGCCUCCUCACAGUCCUCAGUGCCCAACUCCCCCCAGGGUGGCCAUUGGGACUGUCCAUCCCCAUUCAGUCUGGACGCUGUGCCUCAGUCCAGUGUCACGGAUGUGAUGUGCUUGGAUCUGCUUGGAUGUGAAGAAAGGAGCAGCAGUACCGGAAGUGCUCAGCCAUCCCUGGUGGUGUCCUCUCCCCCAGGACUACAGCCCACAGCGUCACCAACCCCUGAGGAGGAUGUCUGCUCCGACGACUCGGAUGAUAUUAUCUUUUCACCAUUUCUGCCCAGGAAGAAAAGCCCCUCCCCAUUCUAGGACCCCAGUCAUUGCCUCCAGGUGAGGUGGCUGUGGGGCCAGGUUAGAGGACUCGCUAACUGAAUUUGAGAAGAUGACCUAUCUUGCUAGGGAAAGAGUCCACCUCGGGAACACCUCAGCCAUCAGUUUUCUUAUGUGUUGUGCCUGUGCCUUUGAGGGAUCCUGGUGGCUCUACGCUGCUCUCUGGGGAGGGCAUGCGGCCACCUCCCACUUCCAUCUCUGGUUUCAGCCCAUGUGUUUCCAGUGCCCACAGAUAUGUCCACCCCAAAUCAGGGCAGCAGGGAGUCUUGCAAAGUCUGCCUCCUGCCCUUGACCUUGGCACUGCCAGCUGACAUGAGAUGCAGCCUUCCUCGUCUUGUGCUGCCCAGUGCCUUACAGGUCACACAGCUAAGUCUCCUGUCCCCUCAGCAGAACGCAGUCAUAUCUAAGCCAGCAAGAAGCUAUGGACAUCAGGGUUCCCAGAUGAGGCCCCUGUCCCAUGGGCUCCUUGCUCCCCUUUCUCCUACCCCCCACCACCUCCGUCCCCUUGGAAGGAUGAACUCUUUGAAGAGCACCUGGUAGUGUGACAUGUUCAGCAGGUAUUGAGAGACAGCACGAGGACAGAGCCACAGGUCACCAAGAGAGGAGACGGAGAGCAGGGCCAGGAGCCAGCUCACCAUCCCAGAAGAGACAAGUCUCAGGGAAGAACAAAUUCCAGUGUCGACCUAGGGACAGCCCUGUCACUUGGGUAUGCAGAGGCAUCUGCAGGCCACCAGUGCCACCUGGCCCACUUGGCAGCCAGUAGUUGAGAUGUUGGUCCCAGUUUGUGAAAUUAGCUGUUGUCAGUGGGUGAGAAUGAGGGGUUUGGGACUUGGGCAGGGUUUUAGGGGUAUCCAUGCUCUGUGUAGCUCAGGUCUGCCGUCCACGCUUCCCUGUCAUGCCUGUGGGACUGUGGCUGGCUGUCUCCAUAGAUCACUGGGGAUGGGACUUUCUGGCCCCAUGGGACUGGCUUUUUUCUUAGGCAAAACCUAGUGCUAGAAAGUUGCUUCUUGGACUAGACCUGUGGGGACACCAGGUUUGCUGUUAGGGACCAUUUAUUUACUGCUGGCGUCCUCCACAGAACACCUUCCUGAUGCUGCACACAGCAGGCUGGGCAUGGGACCCUCAGGAUGGGAGCUGGGCUUGGCGGCCAGAGGCCAGGAAGAUGGAACCCAACUUUGUUGACCUGCCCCAGGGAAGGGAAAGGGCCCCUAAUACUGUGAUGGGACCAAGCACACCUGCCUAGCCCUUUUCUCCACCAGGGGGAAAAAACAACUCAGCCAGGACCCUGGCAGGCUCAGUUUUUAUGCACUUGGCCUGUGGGCUAAUUAGUUUUCUUCCCCGUGUACUGGUAAUUUUACCAACGUGGCAGCCAAGUGAAGCCCUCUGUAGAUCUGCCUCCCUACCACAACUUGGGUGUGUUCCCUGUGAUUGAUGCCACCACUUGAAGCUUCAGCCCAUCCACUCGGGCACAAGAAGGUGACUACAAGUGGCCCCCUCUUGUGCCUAUACCUUCCCCAAGACCAAGGGUCCUUAUGUGGCUGCUCUGUCCCCUCUCUUAUUUAACAGCAGCCAUUUGUGCAUUGAGUGUUCUGAGCAUGAACAGUCAGGAGUUCUAGGUUGUUGGGGGGCAGGGGUACGGGAUGGGUGUCUUCACCUCAGCUGCCCCCACCUCAGGAAAGGGGGCAGGGUCUGUAGGUCUGAGGCUUAUCUGUGCAGCCAGCCCGGCCAGUGGACAGUGAAGUCAAGAUCAGCCCCUGCACUUGAGUUUUCUGAGAACAUGUCCCUGCAAACAGGAAAGCUACAACCCUCCUGUCCUUUGGUGCAGCAGCUAAUCUAUUAAAGGUAAACCCUGUCUUGAAGCUACCUCAGUAAAUGACGGUGCCUCAAGCCUCUGUCUUUGGCCGGUGUUCUGUGUCCUGUGCUCCCCACCCAGGCCCCAUUGGUACAGCAGGCUGCCCCUGGCUGAUCUGAAGCAGAGAGCACAUUGGGGGGGGGGUAACUUCUGUGGGACCUAGGAGCAGUGCAGGCAACACCUUAUUUCCACGGCAACACCUUCACAUCACCUUGAUCUUAAAGAGCAGCUGUGAGACUCCCUGAAGGCUGGUAGGUUGUCCAACUUUGGAAGAAACCGUGCUUUCUUCGUGACUCCACCCGGUGGGCAGCAACCAACCUGCUGAGCCUACCCUGGGCCAGUUGUCCUAUGUAGAGAGCUGGAAAGGUGAAGGUGCUACUCACACCAGGGAGGUGCUGGGUGGAGGCCUUGGGUGGCUCUGGAGAGUGCUCAGGAAGCCAGUUGGGCUUGGGACACAGGGCUUAUAAGGGACCCUGUGGGAUGGUGUUCCUCUUACCCAUGACUGGGGGAAGAAGAUACCUCUGGUUCAAAAACUAGGAAUAGACUGGGGUUACCAUCCCGAAGACGCCACCCCAGCGAAAUAGCGAGAUCUAGGAACACCACAGCCCUCUGUUGCCCUUGGUUCACCUCCACCCACCACAUGCAGCUGAGACAGAAGUGCCGAGAGGGGGCUGGUACAAUCCAGGCUUCCCAAAGCUAGCAAAACAGGCAGCAGCAAGUUGAGUGUGGAUGGGGAACAAACCUAUAGUGAGCUUUUGUGUGGCACUAGGGAUGGACCCUGGGUUCUAGUGUGAGCUAGGCAAGUGCUCUACCACUGAGCCACACUACCAGCCCCUCAGUGCAUUCUUGAUGCCGUGUUAUCACGGGGGCAUGCAGCAUUGAAAGGGAUUUGGUCAGAAACCAUGAAGACCAUAGUCCCUCUAAACUGCCUGAUGGCUGAGCAGAAAUUGCCAGGGCCCUAUGCCUGGUGUUUUAUAAAGUACCAUAGUACAUUGGGAGCUUGUCGUGGGUCCAUUUCAGCACCAAGGAAGGGCUGUGGCUGAGUGACCCUGGCUGCAGGUGCUGGCUGUAUUCUAUCUGAUAAUGUCUAUUUUUGUCUCCCAACGAGGGGAGUGAGGACCGUGCCUUCAGUUUCACAGACCCAGAACCCUCAGUGAAGAGACCAUCAUUAGAAAAGAACAAUCUAACCAGUGUAGAUUCCUUUGAAGCUAUAAAUACCUUCCCGGGAAAGCACUCUAACCUUUGAGAUCUAAAUAAAAAUUCCAUUAUAUCCCGGUCAAACUAAUUGCAAAUUCCUCUUUGGGGGUGGGGGAGAGUAGCGAUCGCUUCCACGUGGCUCAGGCACUCUGAAGACCAGAGACUCAGUAAACACAGCUGGUGUGAACCCAGGCUGGCCCCUUCUCCAGGCUCCUGCCUCCCCAGACCCACAGAGCCUGCAUACACAUACAGCAGCCACUCUAACUGACUGCCUUUCUGGCGCAGGCCACAGCUGGGCAAGCCCCUAUUAAAAUGAGAGAAAUUGCAUCUAGAAGCUGGCAGAUGAAGCUGUCAGGAUGACUCAGAACAGUCAGCAGUGGGUCCCUGGCCUUUUUGGUCUUAAUUUUUCUCUCUCCCCCUCUUUAAACAGGGCCUCGCUAUAUAGCACUGGCUGGCAUAGGAUUAAAGCCAUGCACCACCACACCCAGCUUUUUUAAAAAAUGGUAAUUUAGGGCCAGCAAGAUAGCUCAGUAGAUAAAAGCACCUGAUGCCAAGCCUGACAGCCUGAAUUCAAUCUUCAGACCGCCAUGGCGGAAGGAGAGCCAGAUUCCACUCGUCUUCUGAUGUCUGUAUUAUGUCAUGGUGCAUGUAUACACAAAAAUUGUAAUGAGAACAUUUAGAUUUUUGUAUAUGUGUGUGUGUGUGUGUGUGUGUAUGCCUAUUUGUGUUUGUGUGGAUGUUCAGGGGUGUGUAUGUGUGUGGUGUGUGUGUGCCAGAGUUCAGUGUCCAGUUAUUCCUCAAUUGCUCCACAACUUUUUUAUGUAUAAUUUUUUUAAGGAUUAAGUGUAUGAGCGUUUUUCUUGCACGUAUGUCUAUGUACAUGGUACCCUUGGAGGUCAAAAGAAGGCAUCAGAUCCCCCAGGAUCUGGAGUUAAAAUUACUAACCACCAUGUGGGUACUGGAACUAGAACCUGGGUCCUCAGCAACAAGAAGUACCCAUAAUUGCUGAGCCAUCUCUCCAGCUCCUCUGGAUCCUUUGAGAUGGGAACUUCCACUGACCUGGACCCUGCUGAUUCAACUAGGCUGGCAAAUGAGCUCCGGGACCCGCCUGUCUCUGCCCUCCCAUGUCGGACUACAGAUGUAAUGCUACUUCAUCCAGCAGGUGGCAGCAAUCUGAGCUCAGGUCCUCGUGCUCAGCCAUCUUCCAGAUCUUGUGUAAAAAGUGUGUCCUCGCAUGUGCAUGUCCACGCAUCACAGCAUGCCACGGAGAUCUGAGGAAAGCUUGCAAGAUACACGUCUCUCCUAUGUGGGU